AUGGAAUUCAAACGCGUGGCCCCCGGAGGAAGUGACAGGCCCAGGAUGCAAGAUCGAUGGCGAUACAACGAUUUUGAAGCCCCGAGACUGCCACGGUCUCCCCCCAUGACACCUCCAGGCGAGAUCGGUAGUACGUACGACAUGGACGAACAGCUGGGGGAUGCUCCAGAUUAUUGGCUGUCUUCGUGGCCGAGCGAGAUGUCAGGAGUUGCUUUCACGACGGUGAUGAUGAAUCCUCCUCUUUUGCCGGAGCUUACCCAUUUUGCAGAGGCCGGUUCGAUGCCAACAAUGCCGCUGGAAUGGGACAUGUCGGAGCUUCCUGAUCUUCCCUCGGUAGAGGCCCUCCGAUUGUUUUCUCCGAUGGAAGACGUGUUUCUUCCGGAUAUGCCGCCUUCCCCGGACUUUACGUCUGCGGAACUGCCUUCUUCCACAGACAUCCUUGCUCUUCUGGAACAUGCUUUCUUUCUUGGUACCGCUUCAGCAGCGAGUACCUGGAACACUACUUCUGAGGACUGCACUUCUGUAAUUGCCGCCCAGAGCACCCUGCCAGCACGUGCUAAUCCAGAGGUGGCGAUUCGCGCGACUGCUAUAGAUAGUGGAAUCUGCGCCAUCAUCCCCGGUAGUGCGUGGUGGGAACGAGGCCUGGCUCCUCCGGCAAUGAGUUAUCUCGAUAGUUUGCGACUGGCGAUCAUAGCAGUGGACCGCACGGAGAUAAUCACCAACCUGCUCAAGGCAAAGGAGUUCUUCGACGCCGAUCGUCUCAACGAGGCCGAGGCUUUGAUCACUUCGCAGCUGGCUGUUGCCCAGGACAAGGGAUAUCCGACCCUGAUCGGCCGCUGUCACUACUGGCUGGGCCGUGUUGCGUACGCCCGCAACGACAUCGAUGGUGCGCACGUCCAUUUCUUGGCCGCGGCGCCGUGCGUCGACGACUGCUAUGAGGGAGACUUUGUCGCGAGUUAUCUGGAAGCUACCCGGUCGGACAUCACGGAGUGGGAGACUGCCGGGCUGGUUUGCGAGGACCCGACUCUGCUGUAUCCUGGUUCCGUGACGGGAUGGAAGCAGUGUACCGACAUUCUUCCUCUGGCCGGCACCGAAACUUCCGGCAUGUCAGAGAUGAUAGAUGUGGCGGGGGUGGACAGGGGAGUUCAAGUCGACAACACCGAUCUGCAGAGAUACGUGGAGACAUGGAAGUCCCAUACUCCUUCUCGGGAGAAAAGAUGCCAGAAGUCCCUGUCGGCCUUGCGGAUUAAAUUGAGAAAAUUCGGCCCCCGGUCGAAAAGAUGUCAUGUCCAUUCCAGCUCGAAGGCUGCUCAGAGAACUGCUAUAUCUGAGCCGAAACAAAAACGUCGGCACGGACAUGGACACAACUUGGAGAAGCAAAUAGACGCCACAAGCCAGAAACAGCACAAAAAGACAGUCUCUUGGCUCCUUUAA